AUGGCGGCGCUCAAAAAGGGCUUCAACGUCCGUGGUUACGAUCCAUCGAAGGAAACGUUGACCGCUGCCGCUAAAAAUGGUGUGACAAGCGCUAAUUCUAUCGCUGCAGCCGUCGAUGGAGUUGAUGUAGUUGUAUCAAUUUUACCCAGCAACAAAGUUGUUCUGGAAGCAUAUCUAGGAAAGGACGGUGUAAUUGAUCACGCACCCAAGGGUUCUCUUUUAAUAGACUCCAGCACAGUAGACCCCAAUGUCCCGAAGCAGAUUCAUCCCGUUUCUUUAGAAAAAGGGAAGGGAUUUAUUGAUGCCCCAGUUUCUGGAGGCGUUAUGGGCGCUCAAAACGCAACUCUGGCGUUUAUGGCUGGUGGCAGAAAGCAGGACUUUGAUAGAUCUCUGCCUCUGUUGGAGUCUAUGGGAGCCAAGCAGUUUCACUGCGGAGAGAUCGGGUCGGGACAGGUGGCCAAACUAGCGAAUAACAUGCUCAUGGGUAUUACUGGAAUGGCCACAGCGGAGUGCAUGAAUAUGGGAAUUAAAAUGGGUCUAGAUCCCCAAGUACUGUUGGAUGUACUAAACAAUUCAUCAGCUCGGUCCUGGUCUACUGAAGUCUACUGCCCGGUACCUGGUUUAGUGCCAACUGCACCAUCUAGUAGAAAUUAUGAUAAUGGCUUCAAGAAUGAGUUGAUGGUCAAGGACUUGGAAUUGGCUAGUCAAAUGGCGCUAGGCAUUCGGUCACCCAUCCCACUUGGAGCUGUUGCGACGCAGCUUUACCGAGUGGUACAGAGUCGUGGUUAUGGCGAAAAAGACUUUUCCUUCAUAUACCAGUUAUUAAAAAACGAGAUUGCUAAAAAGUAG